CUAUUCAUGUAAUUAUUUUGGCGUGCCUGCAAAGACAUGGCGCUUAUGAGUGACAUCACUCAUUCCUUAUUUUACACAAUAUUUCUAUUAUUUUCGUGAUAUUAGAGGAAAAACCCAAGCAUACAUGUCCACUAUAUUCUGAUGUAUCGUGAUUCGAAACAUGUAGAGUGCAUAUAUGCCAAGCAUAAGAAAGACACAAGCAGUCUUCAGAUGUUUUUAUAUUUUGGAUACGUGAUACAAGAACUAUUAAUGACAGCUUCUGCAUGCCUGGUUUACGGUAUAAAAUACUGUGCAUGCCAGACAUGUCAGAGAAGAAAUCACCUCCUAGAAAGGAGAAGUCUCAAUAUGUUAAGACGCCUCAGUCCGAUGGGAAGGGCAUGAAGAGGAAGCUGUUGGUUACUGAUGCUACACCCGAAGACGAUGAUAAGAGAAUCACUUCAAAACGAAAGCGAGCAUUAUUGAUACCAGACAGUUCUCCUGAGCCCGGGAAUAUGCCCACCCCUCGAACUCCAGGAGGAAACAUAUCACGCAUUACAGUUCCACUCUCGGAGAGACAACAAAUGGCAUUGCUCAUGAGAAUGACCGAUGGAGCUUCACAAGGAGAAUCUUCCCCCAAACCGUCAUCUCCUACCACCCCUGUAUCAUCAUCAAAGCGAACUCCCAUAGAUAAAAAAGUUAAUAAGCGUAAUGAUCGUGGUGAAACAGCUCUACAUACUGCUGCGAAACGAGGCGAUGUCAAGCAGACAAAGAGGCUCAUCAAAGCUGGGGCCAAUGUUAACAUAAAGGAUUAUGCAGGGUGGACACCACUGCAUGAAGCAUGUAACCAAGGUAUGCUUUCUGUUGCCAAGCAACUAUUGAAAGCAGGUGCCAAUGUUAAUGUUCAGGGUUUUGAUGAUGACACGCCUCUACAUGAUGCAGCUGUUAAUGGACAUCCCAAGCUUGUGGAGCUGUUACUGAAGCAUGGUGCCAACCCCCUCCAGGCCAACAACAAGGGUAAGACGGCCCUGGACGUGGCAGCCUCCACCGAGAUAGAACAAGUCCUCCGAAAAGAGAUCAUAUCCUCUAGUAGCGACAGCUCCAGCAUUGAUGAUGCCCGCUCACCUACCUCGCCAGAAAGUACCUCGUCUAACAAGGAUGAAGAUUCUCGCCCAGGGGAUAUUCAAGAUUUGGAGUUGCAUGGUGAUAUAGGUGGAAUAGGCUCCAGCAGCAGUACGCGUAGAACGCUCAUACCAGCACUACCAAAGUCUCCGGAAAAAACAGGCUCCCCGCGGCUGUGUCUUAAAUUUCAGCCAACAAAGCCACAGUAUAAAGGACUACCUAGGCACCAAUCCUAUAGUUUAACAGUGGUAACGAAUGAUCAAAACAGUUCGCCGCCAGGUAGUCCAGUGUCAAGUAUAGAUAGUGACUUGUAUGACCCACAUUUAGAACCUACGUUAAUAAGGAAAGAGGCAGUUUCAGACGAGACAGCAGCAGCAACAACAAGCUGGUUGAAAAUGGACGAGAACGUAGAAAAAGGAACUGGUGUAGAGGAGGAUAAUCGGUAUAAACUGAGGUCUCAGGAAACACAGGCUUUCUCCCCCCAUCAUGAUUUUGAGGAUAUCAGUGAUGGGGAGGAGGAGGAGGAGGAUCAGAUACAAAGUACUAUAGGGAAAAAUAACCAAGUUGAAAAUAAUCAACACAUUCCACAAGAUUCUGGUGAUCCUGGUGAUUCCCGGUUGAGCUCAGACUCCACAUCCCAAAAUAUUCAACCCCCACCCUCGUCCUCGUCAGGGGGUGGGGGGGCCAACAACUUGUUCCCUUCUAGUUCUGUUAGUUCUGUGUCUUCGUCAGUAGACCGGACUCCUUCACAUACCCAUCAUAACUCUCAACGGAGGGGUAGUUUGGGUUCCAACACGUUAAGUGAUUCUGUUGGAAUGCAUAAACCUCUGACUCGGUGGCAACUACAAUCUUCGCCAAAUCGAGACGACGGUGAUCUAAGUGUUUCUCAGUCAAACAAAUUCAAAGUAUUGGAUGGUUCAGAAAGUAAUUCUGCAACACAAGAAAAAGACAAUGUGUCGCCAAAAGUGGAUCAGGAGUCCUUACCUGGUUCACCCCGACCUCGAUUGGACAGUAGAGAAAGUCGACCUUUGUCCCCUAGAACACGGUCUGAGCAUGAUUCCAGACCCAUGUCUCCCAAAUCUAGGCAGGACAGACCCAAUUCUCCGAAAACAAGAUCGGAGAGUAGGGAAAGUCGGCCAGUAUCCCCAAAGUUAAGGUCAGAUCGAGAAAGUCGGGAUAGUCGUCCGUCUUCUCCAAAAACGAGAUCUGAGUUAAGAGACAGUAAGGAGAGCAGGCCGUCAUCUCCGAAAACUAGGUCAGAAUUAAGAGACAGUAAAGAUGGCAGACCAAAUUCACCUCGACCAAAAUCAGAGAAAGGAAGUCGGUCAUCAUCUCCGAAAGUACCACCUUUGAAAAUUAUUAUCCCCCAAAAGACUGCCCCCUCUUCCUCCAUGGAUGAGAAUUGUUUGAAACUGCUGCUAACAAAGCCAGCCUUGCCUUACGUAUUGAACCCUACACAGGAGAAAGAGGCUGAGGCUGUCCUUACUGAGAUGUGUCAACCAUCACACAACACAUCCCGUGCUUCUAGUCCCGCGUCCUCUAGGCCGUCCUCUCGAGCAAGUGCUGCCCCCUCAGAGGAAGGCAAACGAGAAAAAUUGUUUCGGGAGGCAGCCCCAAGGCCUCAGAUAGACGAUACUGUUAAGGAGAAUUCGAGAGAUGGCAAAGAUUCAAAGGAGGAGAAAUAUGAAGUGAAAGAAGAGGUGGAGAAAGAAGAAGCGAAAGAGGAAAAGGAAGAACGCCGAAUAACGAGGACGUUGCGCUCACACACUGCCAUGCUGCAACAGCAGCAGCAGCAACAACAGCAGAAGCAGGAUAAAACAGACAAGGGCGACAAACAAGAGAAAAAUGGCGGCCCAGAACCUGUUCCCACUAUCAAUUCUCAACAUGACAAUGGCAGCUCUAUCCGGUCACAAAGAGGCGAGGAAAUAGACUAUAUGAAUAUACAUCCUCGUAAGCGGAAAUUACGGCCAAAGCCAGACACUCAACAACCAGGUGAAGCUCAACUGUCUGCGCCCAUCCCUAUCCCACCACCAGCUACAUCCUACGAGAAACCACCAAACCCAUUUGAGCUCUACUUGAACAUCAGGAAACAGAUUGCCAGCAAGCAGCAGUCACUUAGUGCAGUACAUCCAAAGGCUCCAAGUGGCUUCAAGGACUACCUCAUGGUCAACUGUACCUAUGUCCUACAAGGCAAUGCUACCAGUACUCUCUCUGUGCCAAUGUUGUCGCCCCCUCAGUCUGUGGAGGGACCCAUGCGGGAGCUGUUCCAGGAGCAGGAGAAGGCUCGGUACAACCUCCGACUGCAGCACCUCAUAGAGAGGGAAAAGCUGAUGCUGUCUAUAGAGCAGGAGAUUCUGAGGGAGCACGGGAGGGCAGCAAGGGCAUUAGCCAAUCAGAGUCUGCCUCUCUCAGUGUGCACCAUUCUCAAGGAUGAAGAAAUCUACAACAUGCAGGAGUUGGAACAGGCUGAGGAUAAGCAUGUUAGGUCCAGGUACAAUGGCAGGCAGUUUAUAUCCUGGAUUCAAGAUGUCGGGGACAAGUAUGACAAGAUAAAGGAGUUCCUUUUGAUGCGACACCACCACGAAGCAGAGUCCCUGUUUGCCGUUCAGAAGAUGGACUGGGAAUGGCGCUUGAAGGCGUGUGGACUUUGUGAUUACAAUACAACACCCGUUAUAGACGAUUUACAUGUACCCAUGGUGCAUGUAAAUGACGAAUUUGAGUUAUUACCAACGUAGAAUCCACAGGAGUGAGCAAUCGUAAUUGCUUGCAUGAACGAAAAGGCUAACCAGCAGUAACAACUGGUCUCUUCAGCUCAAAGUGAAGGAACACAGGUUUUCAUCAUGGAAUGAUGUGCUGCUGCAGCUACAGUUGACAUAGGAAAUGGUUUAAUGCUCUAAGCAGAUGGUUCUACCUUGCUGAAUUCUGAUUGGUCAGUAUUUGUGCUCUGCAAGUCGUGCUGAAUUAUCAUUGAGUGACAGAUCCUUACAGCUUUGCUAUGAUGGCCACAAGGAAGGAAUCGAGUGUCAUUUUCCCGCCAGUUUGACAAGCAUCAAGCCUGAUAGGAUUACCAUAGCAUCGUUCUGAGAUUUGCCAUCACAAAAUGCCGCUGUUGAAGCUUGUGGAAAUCUGUAGAUGUGCUGCAUCUGUGCCCAGUCCAACCUGGACACAGGUCUCCAAGAGGAUUAGUGCUAUUUGAGAAGGGGAAAGUGCCUUGGGUGGAUGUCACGGAGGUGCUGAUUGGAUCAGUUUCCCUAUGGUCAGUGCGACAGAUAUGCUGAUUGGAUCAGUUUCCCUUAAACUGAUUGGGUCAGUGUCGAUAUUCUGUGCUCGUCAAGAAUGUGGUCCUUCGUCCCAGAGAAAGGGCAUAUUGUGUAGUUAUACGUAAACAGGAAUUUCACUACUUGUAUUUUGAAAUGUUUCAAGUCAUCACUUGGUCCUAUGGUUCUUUUUUUGGAUAAAAUAAUUUCAAAUCGGUUCCAUUUCAGCAAUCUUAAAGUAGACUUACAUUAAACCUAUUCUGCACAAUAUUAUGGUUAUAUAGUCCAUGAAGGAUGGCUCAGAAAGAUCCUGUAACAACUGAGACAGCACAUGUCUUGUUCACUGUAACUUGUUGUCUAGUAUUACUGAAAUAAUCUGAUGACCUGAUUGUGCUGUUACAACCGACAUCACUCAAGAACUCUGUAACAACGUCACAGCGAAACGUGUAGCUGGAUGGUAUCACCCAUGAGAGGAGACAACAUAGGACUUGAAUUACCUCACUCAACAUAUCUCUCAUGUUAUAGACUCCCAUUGAUCACCAUUGUGAAAUAGCAUUGCUGACUAGCAUGCUAGAACUCAGAUAUACAUAUAUACAUAAGUAUACAUAGGUAUCUAACAUGGAGUAUGUAUUGCAUUGCCAUGUCUCAUGGGGACCUACUGAUAAGGUUCUCAAUGGGAUUGCUCGUGUCCAAUGACGAAGCAGUAUAUACGUACCCACAUGUAUUUUAAGUUGUACAUAUGUUUUGCCUAUAGUGUGAGCAACGUGGUGUAAAAUUGUACAUAUGAAAAAUAUUAGGUAUUUUAUGAUGUUUGACAUUGAUUCACUUGUCGUGAGUGAACUGCGGGGAGUCAGUCCCAACAAUCACUUCAAAGCUUCGUCUUUCUGGAUAUUGUAGCUCUGUGUACAAGCACAGCUUACAGUCCUUAUACAAAAGUCAGACAGAUAUUUUUGACGGGUAGGAUUUUGGGGGGACUUGUGUAGGCUUUAUCUCAGCAUUCUAAAUCAAACAUUUUUUUUAGAAUAUUGGUUGUUGUUUUCAUAGUGAGUGUAUGAAUUCAAACUUACAAUUUGAGAUUUUCGAAAUUUCAAACUAAUUCCUAUUUGUUAUGAGGUGUUACAGUAUAGAAUCCUAUACUGUUCUAGGUUCUCAGCCAAGUACUGCAUUGUUUCAGUAUUGUUUGAAAGUGCUAGGAUUGUCAUUCUUUGGGCUACUUCAUCUCUCAGUUCUGUUCGCUUUCAUCUCUUUCAACUAUGUUCUCUGUACUUCCAUCACACAAACAUCAACAAGCACCUGUUCCUAACUCUCACCAUAAAUAAAUGUUUUAAAAGAUCAAUGCAGAUAUGUCCAGAUUUGGAGUACAGUCAACUGGAUAUCAGUACUCAAAAGGACCACAGAAUUUUCAAAGUUUACAAUUCACAGGAUCAGUGGGGCACAGGUGGCCCAGUCAUCUAAGGUGUUCACAUUCAUGUGCAAAGUCCAAAACCUACGAUUGUGGGUUCAAAUCCAGGCUCGCACCAAUUAUGUUUCUGUUAUGUUUGUGCACCGUCUGAUGUCACUUGGGCUUGUCCUCCCACAUUAAGUUGACCCGCUGUGAUGUAACUGGAAUACAGUUAAAUGUUACACCAACUCACUCACAGGAGCAGUAAUGUUAAACAAGACUUUUGAUUACACUUGUGUUCAUUAUAGAAGGCUAUUUGCUAAAUCAGAGCUUACAACAUCUGAAGUUGAAUUUGCUUCAGUGACUCCAACCAUGGAAUAUUAAGUUAUUGGUAUAUCAAGGAUAUAUUGCUUAAGCAGAUUAUUGCUUGGUUAUGUUACUUUUGAUCUUUAAAUGCAGAGAAUAAAUACUAGGUAGGUAUGGUAUGUAAGAAAUACUCUCAAUAUGUUGUGUAUGCAGAAUUUUGUAUACUGAAACAUUUUGAAACGAUUAGUGGAUUUUGACUCUUGAUAAGUAACAAAUGACUGGAAAUUUAUGUCCAAGCAUGACAAUGUGAAUGAGGAUUCAAACUCAGACAACAUUGUUGCAAUGUUGCAUGCCUUCAGCCCUCACUACCACAUACCAACUUUUUUGUAUUCUGUCAGUUCGCUUGAAAAAUAUUUCCCAAAUUCCACUUCCCGUUUUCAUAGUGUGUCAGUAUAUAUUUACAGACAUACUUUUGAAUUUAAAUGGGUUGAUAUGUUCAAACCAGAUAUAAAUGCAACCUUUGUUAUGGUGAUGAGGUGACUAGGACAGUCAUCAAGCAGUGCUGUCAUAAAUAGGAUUUUGGUGUUUGGCUUAUAUUCUGAACAUGUCAGCAUUACAACACAGUAUUGCACCAAGGUUCUGGGUUCCAAGGUACCGUAUUCUUCCAAACAGAGGACUUCAAAACAGUAUGGGUUUCUCAGUUAUUUUUAAUUUCAGCGGUGAGGUAGCCUUGUUAUUAAAGUGUUCGCUUGUCACGCCGAAGAACCGGGUUCGAUUCCCCACAUGGGUAAAAUGUGUUAGGCAUUUCUGGUGUCCCUGACGUCAUAUUGCUGGAAUGUUGCUAAAAGUGGCAUAAAACAAAAUUCGCUCACUAUUUUCAAAUUUCACAUUUACAAGUGGGUUACUGUAAGUUUUCUUCCUUCCCAAAUAAAACAGGUAAUUCUCAGAAUUAGUGUUUGGCAGUAUUGCCCAUAUCCACAGAAUCUGUAGAACAUGGUAGAAAUUAAGUCAAUUCUUCCAACAUAAAAAUCAACUUUAAAAUUGUCCAAGCUAAGUAAAUUCCAUUAUUAUUAUAUGAUGCAACAUAUCAUUUCUAGGUCAAUGGUGUGGAGAACUUGGAACCCAACAGCCUUGUUGCAUCUGUGUCAUCAUAUCUACUUAAUCAUGUUUGUAACAUACAAACUAGUUUUGAUUCAAGAUAAUUUUCAAAUCCAUUUUUGAUAUGUGAUGCCAAUACAGAAAACAUGCUUCCAGUCUUCAUAUUGUCUGUCUGUCAGUCAGUCUGUCUGCCUGUCCAUCCGUCAGUCAUUGCUCUCUCUUUCUUCUUCUCUUGGUACCAGUAUAGCUUUGAUCAGCCCGGACUAACUCGUAGUAUUUGUUCCAUUACUAGGCCAUAAUAAAUUACCACUGAUCAUCCACACAUAUUGAACCUCGUUUGAAUAUUUGCUGUGAUUUUUUUGCAAGGUGUCAUGCUAUAAGCUUCAGAGCUUGCUUUAUGAAUGAUAGGUCUAUCAUGGUAACUAAAUUUGUGAUUCCUAGAAGGAGCAGUACACAAGAUUUACGAAUUGCUUUUAAGGAUUAGUAAUCUUUGGAAGAUGUUAUGAGUUUGUUUGGGGCUAUCUGUUUUUGAUUUGUUGAAAGAAUACAAUUCUAUCUUUGCCCUCUCUGUUCUCACAAUUUAGUGUUUGGAUGAAACGGUAUUUAUCAUGGCCUGAUUAUCAUUCUCAGUUUUGAGUUGUAAAGCCAUUGUCAUUUGUAAGUGUAGAUUAUGAAUGUGUUACUGGUUAUUUGUUCAGUUCUGGAUGUUUACUGUCCGUUGUUAGCAUGGUUAGUACGAUGUCCGUGGCCUGCUUGGAUCCAUCUUGGUACAUACAUGGAAAUUGUCAAACAUUGCCUAUGCCCGUGUUCAAAUAAAUGUGUAAGUAAAUGAA